UUCAUUGAUCCGCGUCUCUUUUAAAAACUCCUUUCUUGCCUGGUAUUCUCACUCACACACACCCGGUCCCGGUCGAUCCUAUCCCACACUAUGAAGACAGGUUCAGAAUCAAGAGAGCGCGUUUCUGAGAAGACGUGGCGUCAACCGGUUUAGUGUUUAUUUCGCUCUCUCGGUUAUGGACUACAUUUGAGAGCGAGAGGAGAGGGAGAAAAGAAAGCUGAACCGAGAAAACAAAUGUCUAGGCUACUCUACAACAACAUCAUGGACUCUGUUCUCCUCUCAGUCGUUACGCUGGUAGUUGUUUUCGCCUCCUCUUCCUACUCUCUUUCCUCCUCCGACGUCGUUCCCUCUCCUUCCUUCAUUCUACCGUUUACCGACUGUGUCCAGAGCCGCGGGAGAGACGGGUUCUACCAAGGGGCUGUGGACGUGACGGAGUCCGGUGCGGUGUGUAUGAGGUGGAGCGAGGUAGCGGGGUUUGAGGAGCGCUAUCCGGGUAGAGGGCUGGGGGAUCAUAACCGCUGUCGGAACCCGGACAACAGGAUCAGACCCUGGUGCUUCUUCAGGAACAGCCGCGGCAGAACGGACUGGGGCUACUGCGACUGUAAACAAGGGUCAGUACGCCUGCAGGGCGGCCGCUCUAAGCUGGAUGGCAGGGUGGAGGUGUAUCUACAGGGGGUCUGGGGGUCUGUCUGUGGUGAUGACUGGGGAGAGCAGGAUGCUACAGUGGUCUGCAGACAGCUGGGACAGGGUUUCUCUGGCCGAGCGCGCUCCUCCGCCCUAUCUCCUCGAGGGGGUGUGGUCAGAAUGCACUGGGGGGCGGUCCACUGUCAGGGGGAGGAGCCUGAUAUACUGCAGUGUCCCAGUGUUCCAUGGAACGGAGGGGAGUGUCCCCACGCUGCAGGGGUCACCUGUACCCCAAUGGAAGUGGUAGGGUUGGUGCCAGUGAGGUUGGUGGGGGGGGUGUCAGCGUGGGAGGGGCGUGUUGAGGUGUUCCACGGGGGCGUGUGGGGGUCCGUCUGCGACGACCAAUGGGAUGAGAGCGACGUGGAGGUCGUCUGUCGACAGCUGGGCCUGGGGGGUGUAGCACGAGCGUGGGGUCAGGCGUAUUUCGGUGCGGGGUCAGGCAGGGUGUGGCUGGAUGAGGUGCGCUGCACGGGGAACGAGCUGACCCUGGAACAGUGUCCUAAAGCUGCCUGGGGAGAACACAACUGUCUCCACUCUGAAGACGCAGGGGUCUCUUGUACCCCUCUCACUGAUGGUUCAGUGCGGUUGUCUGGGGAUAGUGGGAGCAGUGAGGGCAGGCUGGAGGUGUUCUAUAGAGGUCAGUGGGGGACGGUGUGUGACGAUGGAUGGACUGACUCCAACACACAGGUGGUCUGUGGACAGCUGGGGUACAGAUCAGGGGAGUCUCUUCCUCCAGAGGGGUCAGAGGUCGGCCCAGGUGGGCAGUUUCCGGCGGGGUCAGGCCCCAUCCUAUUGGACGAUGUGAGCUGUACGGGGAAGGAGCCUAGCCUAUCACUGUGCAGCAGGAGGGAGUGGCUUAGACAUGACUGUUCCCACAAGGAAGAUGUCAACGUCCGCUGUAGGGACAAACUCACACACACCCUGCACAGUGUCCCGGUGAGGCUGGUAGGAGGGGAGAGCGUUAAUGAGGGGAGAGUAGAGGUGUACCUCCAGGGGACCUGGGGGACGGUGUGUGACGAUGGAUGGACAGACGUAAACGCGGAGGUGGUGUGUCGACAGCUGGGAUACAGUGGAGCGGCGAAGGCCCGUGUGAUGGCGUAUUUUGGCGAGGGGGAGGGGCCUAUCCAUGUGGACAACGUGAAGUGUUCCGGCGAAGAGCGUUCGUUGGUCGACUGCCUCAAGCAGCCAACCGGGGCGCAUAACUGUCGCCAUAGCGAAGACGCCGGGGUCAUCUGUGACUACGGCCAAUCACAGUUCAGCGACACAGAGGGCAAAGGCUGGGAGCAACAAAAUGGAGUCAUGGUCAGAUUUGCCGAAGGCAGGGCGGGGGAGGGCUUUGUAUGCAUCGCAGAAGUCCAGGAGCUGUCCUGA